CAAAGGAGGCCAACCUCUCAGUAACAGAACCAUCACGGACCUUGAAGAGGCGAGGUCGACCGUUCUUUGUUACUCUUAUUUCUAACUGCUGUUACUGUUGCUGCUGUUGCUGUUGCUCCACCACCUCCUCCUUCUUAUUCUACUGACUGUUACUUACUUAUUUACGUAUUUACUAUACUCUACUGGUGUGUACAGUACCGUGGCCGCCGACUAUAACGGUUUAUUCUAACUUUAACUCGACAGAACGAUUCGUUUUAUUCAUGUAAUUAACUUCCUCCUGUUAUCAUCUUCAUCGUGUAAUUUGGAGGACAACCUAAUCGACACGAUGGCGAUCACGAACGGAACGAUCCGUUUACUUCUAUUAAUUUUCAUCCUAGAAGGUUCUUAUUGCGAUACCAGAUAUUUUGUUAAAAUGAGAACCAACGCGUCCGAAUUGUUCAAAACGAAAAACGAAAAUUUACGAAUACCCCAGGAGCCCAUUGCGAUGACUCAAAGCCCGUUAUUCGAUGAGACAAGAAACGAUCAACGAAACAACGAUGAAAGAAUGAUUCGUGACGCCUUGACCUCGGAAUAUGACAGACGAAAUUCUUUUGAAACGUCAACGUUCAAUCCUGAAGUACUCAACAAGUUCCUCGAGGACUAUGCUAAUAAAAUUAAAGGUUCUACAGAAAAAGACUUCAAACUUCCAUCAAAAUUGUCGAAACCUAUGGUGGAUCCACUCAUUCUUGAAGUUGACGAGUCGACUACUGAUUCUUCAACUACAAUACUUGACGAUGAAAAAUCCACUUUGGAUCCUAUCAAUUCUACUUUAAACGAGGACAAACUCAGUGACAUUUUGAAUGAUACAUUAAAAAGAAAUAAGUAUUACGGUAUGGCCUCCCACGACGAUAGAAAUGGUUGGGUUACCCUCGAUGCAAUUCCAUGGUCUAAAAGUAAAAUUUCAAAGUGGCAAGCAAAUCCGAGUACUCAACGUCCCUGGCCAGAGAUAAAACCAUGGGAAAAACCUAGCAUGACCAAACCAUGGACUUCCGAUUAUUCUUCUAGGCCAACUUACGAAAACAACAAACCUUGGCACGACAAACCGAAACCUUAUUGGCAAGAGAAUAACAAUGAUAAACCAUGGCAAAAACCAUCUUCGUCAUCUCGUCCAUCUUAUUAUCCAGAUAAAUACGAUCAAGUAUCGAGUCAAACACAAAAGUGGCCACCCGAGAAGCCAUCUUGGGAGAAAUACCCUUCUAAUAUUCAUCGGCCAACCGAUAUUAUAACAGACGACAGGCCUACCAAUUUUCCUAAUACAUGGAACAACAAACCUCAAUCGUCUAACAGACCUUAUCCAUUCUUAGACAAAUAUUCUGAAAACAAUCAUGCUGAUGACGGUAAUAACGAUUGGCACGAUUUCCCACCAAGAACCGAAUCCUUGGACAGACCAAGACCAAGUGAUAGACCAAAUUUUUCUCAUUAUCAAUACGGUAAUAAUCAUCCACCUUCUCAUCCAGCUAACGGUGAUGGACAAUGGGUUCUCUUAUCAACGAACAGAGGAUAUUCUAAAUCUCGUCAAAGAUCUAUCAAGAUAGACACGUUGAAUCCCGAAUUGGUCAAACUAUUGAACGGAACUAAAACGAAAUCUAUCAAGAAAGAGGAAGAUACCGAUACAGUUGUUCCCGUUAUGACAUCAAAGAGACAGGUCAGGUUGACGGUGUUACCGUCAAUCAACGGCACCAACACAACAACGUCGCACGGCGGUCUCUUGGAAGUCGAGAAGACUUUCAAAAGCGUAGAUCAGAGUCGGAAGGAAUACGAGAGAGACAGAGCGACAACGUUACCGAGCAUAUUGAGAAGAAGACCAAUCAGGAACACCUUGAACGGCGGACAGGUCUCGAAUUCAGCGGUUCUCGCGGCAGUUGGAGCAGGAAUGUUACCAGCAACCAUGGCAAUGAUGAUCCCAAUGAUGCUGGGUCGAAAGAAACGAGAAUUGAAAUUGGAGAAUAAAAUAAUACGGAAUUUUGACGGUCUCGAUAUUAAUAUCAAUAAUCUUGGUAAGAAGUCGACGAUGGGUACGAAGAAAAGAUAUUUCUGACUGUAGGUCAAAUUCUUAUAAUACGUCACACGAGAAAUAAGGUUUAUGGAGGUUCUUAAAAUCAUAAUGCGAUAGUUAGAGUUAAACAACUCGAGGUACUACAAUUAGGUAAUAAUAUCUGAUGGAAUAUACUGAUAUAGUUUCUAAAGAGAAUCGUGAACCCGAUUGGUGGGGGGGCUAAUCGACGAACGGAAGUGUUGUUGUGUUGCACUCGCUUCAUCAUGAAAGUUCUGUUAUAGCAAACGGUCCUGUAACGCUUAUCAUCACCACCGUGUCAUUCUGUGACUAUACAUAGUUUCUACCAAACUAGGUCACUAUUACCGUGUUUACUGUAUUUUAUAUGAUAUACAUAUACACCCUAUUCGAACGAAGUCUAGCGUAACACGUAAACGAGUUUGAGUUAACAGUCAAAGAACAUACAUAGACAGUUUCAUUGAUAUUGAUGGAUGAAUUUGAUGCGUUAGUAAGAACGUAGAGACAAAGUGCGUAUGUAUGUACUUAGAAACAUAGUGCAACGGUUAGGAUCGAUCGCGCUAAAGGCACACCUGUUGCAUUCUAAAUAGAUUGGAUGACGAGUAUAACAGUAUGGUAUUAUACUAAACUAGGGUUACUGUUACAGAAGACAUUCAAUAUUUAUAUUUCAUUUAGUGACGAUUUAUCGACUCACCAAUAGCCCUUUAGAAUUAUUUUUUAUAAGAAAUAUCGACCUACAGAAUCAGAGAUCACGUUGUUAAGAUGAAUGAAAGAUUAGAAAGUUCGAUAAUCGCUUCGAUUAACUCGCUAUUUAUUAUUAUAUUAUUUCGAUAUAUUUAUUCAUUGAGAGAUUUUAGAGGA